AUGGGAAACUGCUGCAGAAAAUCUGCCAAGUGUGCUCAUGCUUCUUCCAUCAACUUCUCUGGAAGUACAAAGUCUAAUGGCAAGGGACAGCUGGAUACAACCUCCUCCAUCCAAGAAACACCAUCAGGAGGUUUGAACAAAUCUUUAAUAGUGGCCAAGGCUGAUACAUCUGUCCCUAGCAGCCUCAAGUCCUUCAGUUUCAGUGAUCUCAAGAAUGCUACUAAGAACUUCCGGUCAGAGAGUCUGCUCGGAGAGGGAGGGUUUGGGUGGGUUUUCAAAGGAUGGAUUGAUGCAAACACCUUUGCUCCCACUAAACCUGGAACAGGAUUAGUGGUGGCUAUCAAGAGACUCAAGCGAGAAAGCUUUCAAGGCCACAAGGAGUGGCUCGCAGAAGUUAACUAUCUUGGUCAGCUUCACCAUGGAAAUCUUGUGAAACUCAUAGGGUAUUGCUCAGAAUCUGACAAUAGACUUCUAGUUUACGAGUUCAUGCCUAAGGGAAGCUUGGAGAAUCAUUUGUUUAGAAAAGGUGUUCAACCCAUCAGUUGGGCUGUGCGGAUGAAUAUUGCAAUUGAUGUGGCAAGGGGGUUGUCCUUCCUACAUAGUUUAAAUGCUAAUGUUAUCUAUCGUGACUUGAAAGCUUCAAACGUUCUACUUGAUUCGGAUUUCAAUGCUAGGCUUUCGGAUUUUGGGUUAGCAAGAGAUGGUCCUACUGGAGACAACACUCAUGUUUCAACCAGGGUGGUCGGAACUCGAGGCUAUGCUGCACCAGAAUAUGUUGCUACAGGUCACUUGACACCAAAGAGUGAUGUGUAUAGCUUCGGGGUUGUGUUGUUAGAGCUACUAACAGGAAGACGAGCAAUGGAUGAUGAGAGGGCUGGGAGUGUUGAGGAAACAUUGGUGGAUUGGGCAAAGCCAUUCUUAAGUGAUACAAAACGAGUCUUAAGAAUCAUGGACACAAGGUUGGGAGGUCAAUACCCCAAGAAAGCAGCACAAACUGCAGCUGAACUUACUUUACAGUGCCUUCAUACAGACCCAAAGUACAGGCCACUCAUGAUUGAUGUUCUAGCCACAUUGGAACGCCUCCACCCAAAGAACACAUUACGAACUCAACCACAUAAAACAGAGCAUCAUGGGGCCAAGCAUUUGAACCAUCCUCACAGGAUAACAAAUUCAAACACAAAAUUGGAAUGA